AUGCAGAACAUCGAUAACAAAGACACACUUAUUGACACGGAAACCCCCAACACCACCCUAUCACCUAUCUCUGCCUCUGUACUCAUAACCACCCUCCAGCAUGAACGACCCGCGAAAGCAUACAUGGAAGCCGCAGACCUGACACCUAUCGAUUUUGUGCCAGACACAGGCGCAGGGAUUUCGCUCAUCAGACGUGAUCAGCUGCGACAUUAUCCACGGGUCAAAGAGGAACAACUUAAUAACAAGGAACAGAAUUUCCUUUUACCGUGCAAGCAGUAG